UUUCUUUCUCUAUUAGUCACAAGGGCGUACAUUUCCGGUGGAGACCAAUGGACGUCUGAGUCCGAAAGUUUGGUAACAAACAUAAUCAAGGUCCAUCCACCAUGGCGAGUGGUGCAAGUAAAGUUGUUGUCUGUGACAAUGGAACAGGAUUUGUCAAGUGUGGAUUUGCAGGUCAAAACUUCCCAGAGCACAUAUUUCCAUCACUUGUUGGUAGACCGAUCAUUAGAUCCACAGCAAAGAUUGGUAACAUUGAAGUCAAGGAUUUGAUGGUAGGAGAUGAAGCCAGUGCCUUGCGGUCGAUGUUGGAGGUGAAUUACCCCAUGGAGAAUGGUGUUGUUCGAAACUGGGAUGAUAUGAUUCAUUUAUAUGACUAUACCUUUGGUAAGGAGAAACUAAACCUGAACACCAAAGAUUGUCGCAUCUUGUUGACGGAACCUCCAAUGAAUCCAAUGAAGAAUAGAGAAAAAAUGAUAGAAACAAUGUUCGAGAGGUACCAGUUUCACAGCGUGCAUAUAGCAAUCCAGGCUGUGUUGACACUGUAUGCACAAGGUUUGUUGACGGGUGUGGUGGUGGACUCUGGAGAUGGUGUCACACACAUCUGCCCCGUGUACGAGGGUUUCGCUCUUCCACAUCUCACCAGGCGCUUGGACAUCGCUGGGCGAGACAUCACUAAAUAUCUCAUCAAGCUGCUGCUGCUGCGAGGGUAUGCCUUCAACCAUUCCGCUGACUUUGAAACAGUACGAAUGAUGAAGGAACAGCUAUGCUAUGUUGCCUAUGAUAUAGAACAAGAACAAAAACUUGCCUUAGAAACAACAGUCCUAGUAGAACCAUAUGAGCUACCUGAUGGUCGAAUAAUUAAAGUGGGAGGAGAGAGGUUUGGAGCUGCUGAAGCGUUGUUCCAGCCCCACUUGAUCAACGUGGAGAACGUGGGUGUAGCUGAGUUACUCUUCAACACCAUCAAUGCAGCAGACAUUGACACACGCCCCGAGUUCUACAAACACAUCGUCCUCUCCGGAGGAUCCACUAUGUACCCAGGUCUUCCAAGUCGACUCGAGAGAGAAAUCAAACAGCUGUACUUGGAGAGGGUUCUUAAAGGAGAUGUAGACAAGUUAUCCAAAUUCAAGAUCAGGAUAGAAGAUCCGCCCCGGAGGAAGCACAUGGUAUUCUUGGGAGGCUCGGUUCUGGCCGACAUCAUGCGGGAUAAGAACGACUUCUGGUUAUCUAGGCAGGAAUAUGAAGAACAGGGACUCAAGGUGCUUGAUAAACUUCUCAAACCGACGAAGAGUUAGCUCCCUUUGACCACAUCACAAACAGUAGACCAACUUGUAUUUUCCUCCACUGUCAACCUUGAGUAACGUCAGCGUACGUUGAUUUAAGUCUCAUUUCUUCAGUCUUAUUAGCUGCAUUUACCAUUAAGCUUGGGCACUGUAUCCUAAUUGAAGUAACAAAACACUAUUGAAAUGAACAAAAUGAAUCCAAUCCAAUUUCCUAUUGAAGCUACCCGCUUUUUAUUCUGCAAUGUUUGAUUAAUUUAAUUCAUGCCGGUUUCUUGUUUUGUUAGCUUCUGCAACAAUUCAAUAAUGUAUCAGUGAGGUUUGGAUGGAUUUGACACCAAUGAACAAAGGCUAGUGAUAUCAAUGGUGUCUAAGACUAGGAUUUGCCAUUAUUUAAAAUGCUAUGAUUCUGUGCUUAAGUGAUUCGACAUGAUUAUGUUGCUUGUGCACAAACUAACAAGUUUUGUAUAAUCAAUACAAAAGUGCUGUAUGUGUUUUGUCCAUAAGAAUAUAUUUUUAUUACCUAAAGUGUAUAGACUUCAUUUAUCAUUUAGUUAAUGUUGAACUUAUUUUUUCUGUACAGUAUGCGUCUGGUAUGUUAUUUUGUUAUGGAAGUUGUUUGGUCUUGAAUCCAGUUCAAUACUGCCGGAGAUAACUGAUUAUGCUGCGCAGGCGCAAAGUCAAAAGUCCCUCAAAUUAUCAACUACUUUGGCCUUAUAUCAGUUUAUAUGAAUUGUGACUAUUCAAUACUUCAUCUUUUGAGUUAUUAAUCAUGGGAUAGAUGAAUAUUAUGGAGAAACAGCCUUGGUAUUGAAGGUGUUCACUACAAAUAUUUAAUUGAGAUUGAGCUCAUUCAACUAGUGGUUUGAAAAAAAUGACUUUCAUAGCAAAUGCUUAAUUUCCUGGUUAGAACAAGAAAGAAAAGACCAAGAAUUGCGUGGUUCAACGCAAUCCUCGAUUAACUUGAUAUGUAUGAGCGUAACAGUUUGAUGUGAAGAGUUGCAUCUUUUAGGUGCACCAGAAUCCAUGAUUGUGGGUUUGAAUCCCAGAUUCAACCCGAUUAUAUUUCUUGGUUUGUCAGCACCAUACUCGUGCUGGUGGGUUCCUCCUACAUCAAGCUGAUAUGCCAUGAUACUCUGAAAUACUGUCCAAAGUGUCGUUAAUAAAACUCACUCAUUCCAUUCAAGGCCAGUGGGGGUAGCUCGGUAGUUGGUGUGUUUGCUAUGUUUGCAAAACCCUGGGUUCAGAUCUUGGUAUUAAUACAAAGUGGGAAAGAAAUUCAUUGUGUCCAUCUGCCUACAUCUUGGGUCAGUAAUGAAUGUGUCAUGUUAUGGGUGUGCUAUCAUGACAUCAGGUAGUGAUACGAAACGAUUCAUAUGUAAUACCAAAAUGUGGUGGAGUGUACCCUGAAAAGUAUGUAUAUACAGGGGGUCUCAAGUAAAAAGAAGAAACUCAAAGAUGUUUAGAUUGUCUCUGGCCGUUCCCAUUGACGGUGGAAUCCAGCAAAUAUAAAUUCAUUACUUCACAACCUACUAUCGAGGUAACUAUUGUAUUGUGGGUAUCAUUGCUUCGCGAUUCACUAAAGUAUAUUGCCCUGUGUCUUAUGCCAUACAAAAAGGAAUAUACGGUAAAACAUGAUUUGUGAAGUAAUAAACAAAGGUCUUAAGCCAUCAGUGGUAUAUUUGUAUAUAGGUUACAUUUGGUUGGGUCGUUAAUCCCCUAUAAUAAGUAUUUUGAUAUGGCAUCACAUUGUGAACUGGGUAUCGAGAUAUGUAUCACUUUGUGAGCUUGGUAUCAAGAUAAGAGGCACGGGUGGCCCAGUCGUCUAAGGGGCCACGAUUCGCUGUGCAGAGUUGUGUCCCUUGGGCAUGCCAGCAACCUAUGAUUGUGGGUUCGAAUCCCGGUUCACCCCAAUUAUGUUUCUAGGUUUGUCAGCACCAUACCUGAGCUGUGGGUUUCACCGAAGUGGUAAAUGUCUGAGACCUGCAUCACUUCUGGCUUUCCUCCCACAUUAAGCUGACACGCUGCGAUAUAUCUGGAAUACUGUUAAAAGCGGCGUUAAACACAACACUCUCACUCACACACUGGUAUCAAAAUCUGUAUCACAUUGUGAACUUAGUAUCAAGAUCUGUUUCACAUUGUGAACUUGGUUAUCAAGAUAUGUAUCACAUUGUGAACUUGGUUAUCAAGAUAUGUAUCACAUUGUGAACUUGGUAUCAAGAUAUGUAUCACAUUGCAACAAAGUGUUACGUUGCAGCCCUAAACAUCCAGUGUAUCAUAUAUCCAUUCUGUUGUUUAUAAGCACCAUGGACCCAUUUUGUCUCCAGAUGUUUUCCUGAGUAUUCAACGAAGGGAUAUCCUUAUAAUAUAAGGCAUUCUCAUUUGUACAGAAGGCUGCACACAAAAUGAGCCAAGUAUUGCUGCUUGUUUCAUUUGUUGAUUUUAGCGUCAUGUCAUUCUAACUGCACUCAAAGUAGGGAUAUGAUGGCGAAGGGAUCCAUGGUAUUUAUUAAUAUAGAAUGGAGAUGCAAUACCCAGGAUAAUCAAGGCUGCAAACACUUCAUCCCUACUACAAUGUUGCUAUUUUGCGAAAAGAGGCCAAACCUACUCACUCACUCAUCCAAUAGGAAAUUGCUAUGCAGAAAGUCUCAAUCAUGCUUCUCUCCAGUAUUUGACGAUUCAAAACCAGUUUACCAAGAUAUUGAUGAAAGUACUACAACUGGGAAACAGUGGUCGUGAAUGUGUUGACGUUGCCUCGAUGAUUCCUUCAGAUUGUACAUAGAACUGAUCCUAUACAUCAUUCAGGGAUCAAUUUUAUAUACUUUGUGCUACAUGCCAAUAUGUAGUAUCCUGUCACAUAUGUACCAUACAUUGAAUAUGCAAUAAAACAUUUAAUCUUU